GCUAAACCACAUGGAGAGCCCAAACACCAAAUCUUCUAAAAAGGUGAGAAUUAUGAUUUUACCAGUUUUUUCAGUACACAUGUUUUACUCUUUAGUAUGAGUUUUAUUAUUUUUCGUUUUUCUUUUUAGCGUACGAUAUUCAUAUUAAUAUCUAAUUAAGUUGAAGUUAAAACAUCACAUUUUUUACUGUUUAUAUGAUUUUUUCCCACUGAUGUUUAAUAUUCGUUUUAUAAAAGUUUCGACUCAUCAAGAAUUGCAUUGUGUAAGAUCCCAAUAAAAGAGGAAGCAUUUUUUACCACGACUUUUUUUAUAUAUAAAGUCCGAACUUAAGCAAUUAAAUCGUGAACUUUUUAUGUUAUUAAAGAUUUGAAUAAUGAAAACAGAUGGUGAUGGAGUGGGGUGGGGAGUGUUUGAUCGAAUUAAUCAAGUAACUUCUAAUUAAAAGUUAAAAAAUCUUAUUUAUCCUAUCAUAACAGUCGAUGAUAUUCUCAAUAAUAAAUUAAAUUAAUUGCAUACGCAAAAGUCUUUGUUAAAAGAAUUACAAUAUCAUAUCAUUUGUAUACACUCGUAAAGAUGUUUUAUUAUCAAGAUUAUGGAGAGUUACAUAUAGAUAAUUUCUAGGAUGCGCGCUAAAUGACGAUAUAAAAAUAUUUUAAUUAAACUCAUUUACUAUAUGAUUUAUAAUUCAACUUCCUUUUUUUUUAAAAUCUUUUUGAUUGUUUAAAUUUCAGCUUGGGAGGAGCAGUUCACAAUCACCAAUUCAAUCUCCUGGAAGAACAGUGAGAUCAAGUUCUCCUCAAUAUCAAUUGAUGAAAAAUAAUAAUGUGUUGAGAUAUGAGUCAAAGGAGAAAUCAGUUGACAAAAACAAGGCUCCACAAAAGUCAUUAGCAAAGGAUAAUAUAAGACCAGCGGAAAUCAAACUUCAUACUCAACAAAGAGCAAGAAGACGUGCUUUAUUCAAUUACUCAAUGGAAACCAAAUCUUACUUCAUAGAGCAACAGAAGAAAACAGUAGAGAAGGUACAAAAGAUGAUAGAAGAAGAAGAAGUUCGUUUGCUAAGAAAAGAAAUGAUACCAAGAGCUCAAUUAAUGCCAUUUUUUGAUAAGCCAUUCCUUCCACAAAGAUCAACAAGGCCAUUGACUAUUCCAAAAGAACCAAGUUUCAUGUUGAAUGGCAAAUGUUCUAGCUACAUGAACUUCUCAAUUUUAAACACUAUGAAGCAAGUCAAGUGAAUAAUCAUGAAGGCAAAAUGAAGCUAGUUUCAUAAUUGUUAAUGUUGUCUAUUGUAGAUAUAUAUGCUUUCUACAAGUAGUUUUUUUUUUUUGACAUCUUCAAUUUUUCAUUGUUGAAUAAAACUUAAAAAGAGUGUUUUGUGACAUAAGAUUUUUGUAAGUUUGGUUAGGUUAUUUUAGAUUCUAGCUAAGGGUUAAGAUCUACUUAAUUGGGUGUACUUUAAAUCUUUUGCCAUUGUUGUUGAAUAAAAAAAUGAAAGCCAUGUAUAGUUUCUUUACAUAAAAAAAUAUUGAUUUUUUUUUAUUGGUUUCAAUUUAGUAUUCGAUAACUCUAUUAUUACCUUAUUAAUUCGGAUUUUUAACGUAUAAGACUCAUUAAAAGGGAAAGCAUUUCCUAUCUAAAUUUUUUCAUAUUCAAAGUACAGAAAGUAAAAAUCCGAUAUAUAUAUAUAUAUAUAUAUAUAAUAACUUGAAAUCGAACUCUAGUAUUUACCAUGAUAUUCGACAAUUUCUAUAAACUGGGCUGUGAUAAUAGAAAGCCCAUCAGCUUUUCUUGUUCACGAGAAGCCCAUUAAGUACUCAGCCCAAAAAUAAUUUCAAUUGGAUCUCUCAAAGCCCAAUACUAACUUUAUCAGUAGCUUUUGUAUCCCCUCGAUCUCCGGUUCCUCUCUCCUUCUUCUUCUCUUCGUCGUCAAUUUUCCAUUUUCCCUCAUCGAUUCUCCGGCGGAAAACCGAAAAAAGCCUUCUGUGGCCCACAAUAGCCUCUGAGAUGGUUUAAAGAAACGUGUUAAUGUAGAAAAAUCAAACGUGGAAGAAAUAGUUGACAACAGAAAAAGAUAGGUACUUAAUUCCAAUACAAUAGGAGUCCACUAGUGCAAGUUAAUUGAACAUCAUUUAGAUGAGUCGAUGGGUGGGCUAGGUGCACCUAUGGCUAUUACCCAAUGGAAAGCUAUAAGGUAAUUCAUAAUCUGAACCUAAACCUUUUCCGAUAUCAUUUUUAUUGUUGGCCACAGAAGGUAGGAAAA